AGUCUGGCUAUGGUUGGAAGUUGACGGCGGGAGUGGUUGGCGGAGUAGAGGGAAAGCAGCGAGGGGGGGAUGAAGAGAAGAGACAGUACAAGGCAGUUCCACCUGAUUGCUCUGAUCUUGUCAUGUAUAUACCUGAUGCGAACAGGUAGAUGUUCUGAGCAGUGCCAUGAAAGCGUCAAAGAAAUUUUUGAGGUAAUUCUGUCUCCGAACAGCACAAGAUCCUUUUUCGUGCGAGAUUUUGAGAACAUGAUGCCCGCCUCUGAGCAGCAGGUCGUGAUGAUCGCAAGGAACAGUCGGAACUACUUCAACGACAUCAUCAACAUCAGCUCGGCUCAAAUAAUGGAGACUUUCGAUGAUUGUUUGUCAGUACACAGCCAAGAUGCGAUGGACGAGAUGAUAAGCGGCGAAGAUUACCACCUCGUGAAAAAAGUGAAGGGAAAGGACGGAGAGUUCUGGAGUGGGAGGGUCCCCGGAAGGACGCACAAGAAGGACGACGUGAUAAAAUGGAUGAAGAGAGGCUUCACGCUGGUCAUCAACAACGCAGACAUGCGAUAUCCGGGACUUGUCGGAGCUGCACAACGUAUGGAAGACGCCCUUGGGUAUGCCGUACAGAUGAAUCUGUACUUCACUCCUCCCUCCUCGCAAGGUUUCGAGGUGCACUUUGACCCCAUGAACACUCUCGUGCUGCAGCUCGAAGGAUCCAAAACAUGGGAGGUGUACAACCCCAUCAUCGCUCUCCCUCGUCCUGAGCAGAAGUUCAAACCGAAGCACAAGGAGAUCCAUCACGGCAGUCGGCAGACCUUCACUCUCACUCCUGGAUCGACUUUCUUCCUUCCGAGAGGAUGGCUGCACGAGGCUCACACCAACAGCAGCUCUCUUCCUCCUCGUUCUCGUGCCUCUGCUUCCCUUCACCUGACCGUUGGCAUCGAUGCGCAGUAUGUCACUUGGGAGUCAGUCUUGCACGCUGCUGUUGGCUCCCGCGACUCUAGAUCGCCUGCCCUGCAUGAGAGCGGUGGAAUGGAGGAAGCUUCAGACAAUCUUGUCCUGCUGUUGCAUCUAGCGAUACGUGGAUGCGCGCUGUCAAACGUUUGGAUAAGAUCAGCCUUUCCUCCUGCGUUCGCUCGGGAGGAGCAAGGAGCAACGAGUGAGAUGCUCUGGGGAUGCGAGCAGCUCAAGGCGGCCGUCCAUCGCGUCCGUGACUCGUUUGUUCCGGGGAGAAGAAUGAGAGGCUUGAGGAAGCAGGACCGAUGCCUGUCCCUCUCAUCGGCUCUAGAGGAAUGGCACGCAGAUGGGGUAGACAGCGAUCAGGACCUUGUGAACAAGCUCCGUGACUUGGUUGCUUUCGCGCUUUGCCUGGCUGUCAAGGAAGCGAACAAGCAGAUCUCUGAUGUUACAAUCGCCUUCGAUCGUUUUCUUCGCGAGUUCCCCGAAGUUUGCAUGAAAGCUGCGGAAAAGGAAAGAGAGGAGAAGACAGCAGAUUGA